AUGGCAACAGAGGUGUUCUGUAAAGUGGGAGGUGGGGAGGAAGCUGUACCGAAGAAGAAGGAAACCCUCAAAAAUACAAAUGUGGUUGACAAACUGCCGAAGCCCUGUCCGAACCCCAAAUUUACUAACCGGUCCAUGGCUACCAAAGGCCUCCAGCUCUCCACAAGACGCAACUUGGCCAACUACUUAGAAGAAGACACCUCCAAUGUCAUGAAGCAGAUGCCAGCGGAUGAUUCAGAAUUCAGCUCAGAUGACACUAGUCUGUCCCCCAUGUCAUCCACUCUGUUGAACCCCAUCAAACUGGCUGUGACUCAGCCCAACAGCAGCUUCUUUGCUGGGAUGCUGGAGGGUGAGCUGAACAAACUCAGUUUAUCAUCACUGGCCAAAAACACAGAAAAGGAGAAUCUGGCCAUCUGUCCCCAUUCAUCCAAGGUCCAAAUGGCCCCCAAGGGCCUGUUGGACCUCGACAACUCCGCACUGGACACAGACACCUCAUCAACACGCUCUGAGUCUUCUGUGGUCAUGGAUGUACCGGAGGCCCCCUUCAUCUGUGAACACACUGUUGGCGAUUCCACAGCUGUGAUUUCCUGGACUUAUGCUGUGGGCAAGCAGCAGGUCAGCUUCUACCAGGUGCUGCUGCAGGAGGCAACCAAGCAAAGCGACGAGAUGCCCAAGGUCAAGAACCGCCCCUGGAUCUUCAACAAGAUCCUGGGCACCACCGUCAAACUGAUGGAGCUGAAGCCAAACACAAGUUACUGCCUUACUGUCCGUGCAGCCAACACAGCAGGGGUGGGGAAGUGGUGCAAGCCCUAUAAAUUUGCAACUGUGCCUACUGACUUCAACAGCUUCCCUGAGAACAAUCCCAUCCACGUCACCGUGCAGCGCAAACAACCUCAGCGGAGAACUGUGUCUAUGGCGACGGAGGAGAUGCGGAGGCUGGAGGAUCUGGAAUACCUAUAUCCAUAUUAG